UUUUAAAAAAUCGGCUGUCAAAUGCUGUCCGCCUAUUAAUACUUACGUUAUAUUUAUAUGAAACCUAUACUUAUUGUAAGUGCUUGUCACCCAUGGAAACUCGCGUGAUCGCCGUACUUCCUCGGGUGAAAGAAAAAUGACGAGUACAGAGCGGUAUAUCUGAAGUAUUAAUUUAUUUAUAACCGAUACUUAUUGCAGAAAUGAAAACACUUUCCAAGAAAAGCUUCCUCGAGAAAUUCAGAUCACUGUAGUGCCAAGAAGAAUAGUUUCUUUAUGAAGUAUGGAACCCAGCAGGGAACAUUAUUAUGAUAUCAGUAAAAGGUAUCUGACAUUAAUCGGUCAGUGGCCUUAUCAAAAACCGAAAGAGAGUUUGUUUUUCCUGAUCCUUAUUCUUUUUUUUGAUGUCAGUAUUCUCGUUACACAGGCGGCAAGAUUUUUCGUAUGCAAUAACAUGCAGUGUAUCUUUGAAACUUUACCUCCACACUUGCUGGCAGCGAUUAUUCCAGUGAAAAUUUUCACGUAUCAAUUUAAUAAUCAGAAAGUACGUUUUAUUAUUACAUAUGGUAUCGACAUUCUAAUUUUAAUCCAUAGUUUCAAUUCAAUUUCUUUGUAAGAUCUUAGACUUUGUUGAUAUUGUAACCGUUAAAGAUAUUGCAUCCGUAUGUCAAAUAUAUGGAUGAUGUUUCUAGAUUAAAGAUCUUACAGAUCGCUUAUCUAUAGAUUGGAAUAUGCUCGAAACUAAAACAGAA